UAGAGUUCUUUUUGUUUUAUAUCCUUAAAUCAUCCCUACCCCACACUCCCUUCUCUCUCUCUCUUUCUCUUUCUCUUUCCCUCUCUUCUCUCCAUUUUUCGCUCCUUAAAACAACCAUUUCAUCACCUAAAUCCAGCUCUCUUAUUGCCAUGGGCGUGGACAUGUCUAACAAUCCACCAACUUCUCGCACAAAAGACUUCUUUGCUUCUCCUGCUCUUUCUCUCAGUCUCGCUGGCAUAUUCCGCGGUGCGGAUGGCGCUGCUGCAGCCGACAAUGAGCAGGUAGAGGAAGGAGAUGAAGGAAGCGGAGGUGGAGGAUCGAGAAGAGAAGAGACAGUGGAGGUUAGUAGCGAAAACUCAGACCCCGCAAGAUCGAGAUCAGAGGAUGAAUUCGAUGGAGGCGAAAACGAUGAAGAUGAGGAUGGAGACAAAAACAAAAAGAAAAAGAGGAAGAAGUAUCAUCGUCAUACUGCAGAACAAAUCAGAGAAAUGGAAUCGCUUUUCAAGGAGUCUCCUCAUCCUGACGAGAACCAAAGGCAGCAACUGAGCAAACAGCUAGGCCUUGCUCCUAGACAAGUCAAGUUUUGGUUCCAAAAUCGUCGGACACAAAUCAAAGCUAUACAAGAACGUCAUGAAAAUUCAUUGCUGAAAGGCGAAAUGGACAAACUCCGAGACGAGAAUAAAGCCAUGAGAGAAGCCAUUAGCAAAGCUUGUUGCCCCAACUGUGGCACACCCACCACUAGCAGGGACACCGCCAUGACCACUGAAGAGCAACAACUACGUAUAGAAAAUGCAAAACUCAAAGUCGAGGUUGAAAAAUUAAGAGCGGCCGUUGGGAAGUCGCCACCAGGAGGGACGUCAACAAGCUCAUGCUCGGCGGGAAAGGACCAAGAAAACAGAAGCUCUUUGGAUUUUUACACUGGAAUAUUUGGGCUCGAUAAGUCAAGAAUUAUGGAACUGGUUAAUCAAGCAAUGGAAGAGCUGAAAAAGAUGGCUACUGCUAGUGAGCCUCUUUGGAUUCGAAGUGUUGAGACUGGCCGUGAAAUUCUGAACUAUGACGAGUAUAUCAAAGAGUUUUCUGUCGAUAAUCCGAGCGACGGCAAGCCCAAAAGAUCCAUUGAAGCCUCAAGAGAGACUGGCGUUGUCUUUGUUGAUCUUCCCAGGCUUGUUCAAAGCUUCAUGGAUGUGAAUCAAUGGAAGGCAACGUUUCCUGGGUUGAUUUCAAAGGCAGCCACUGUUGAUGUUAUCUGCAAUGGCGAAGGUCCUAACAGAGAAGGCGCAGUUCAGUUGAUGUUUGCCGAGCUUCAAAUGCUUACACCAAUGGUGCCAACCAGAGAAGUUUAUUUUGUUAGAUUCUGCAAACAAAUUAGUGCUGAACAGUGGGCAAUUGUUGAUGUCUCCAUUGACAAAGUUGAAGAAACUAUUGAUGCAUCUCUGGUCAAAUGCAGAAAACGUCCAUCUGGUUGCAUCAUAGAAGAUAAAUCAAAUGGCCACUGUAAGGUGACAUGGGUGGAACAUUUCGAGUGCCAGAAAGCUCCAGUUCAUAGUAUGUAUAGGACAAUUGUUGGCAGUGGUUUAGCCUUUGGUGCAAAGCAUUGGAUGGCAACAUUGCAGCUGCAAUGUGAAAGGCUUGUUUUCUUCAUGGCAACUAAUGUUCCUACAAAGGAUUCAACUGGUGUAGCGACACUGGCUGGGAGGAAGAGCAUUUUGAAGUUGGCACAGCGGAUGACAUGGAGUUUUUGUCGUGCCAUUGCUGCAUCGAGCUACCAUACAUGGACCAAGGUCUCAGGCAAAACAGGAGAAGACAUAAGGGUUUCUUCCAGGAAGAAUUUGAAUGAUCCUGGAGAACCUCUUGGGGUGAUCUUGUGUGCGGUUUCUUCUGUAUGGUUGCCUGUAUCUCCUAAUGUUCUGUUCGAUUUCUUAAGAGAUGAAGCUCGUCGAAAUGAGUGGGAUACCAUGUCCAGUGGAGGUCCUGCUCAAGCGAUCGCAAACUUGGCCAAGGGGCAAGAUCGUGGCAAUGCAGUAACAAUACAGUCAAUGCAAUCGAAAGAGAACAGCAUGUGGGUACUGCAAGAUAGCAGCACAAAUGCGUAUGAAUCAAUGGUAGUUUAUGCUCCUGUGGACAUUACUGGCAUGCAGUCAGUCAUGACAGGAUGUGACUCCAACAACAUUGCUGUAUUGCCUUCAGGAUUCUCUGUUCUUCCUGAUGGACUUGAGACAAGGCCUCUAGUGAUUACUUCCAGGCAAGAGGAGAAGAGCACAGAAGGAGGAUCUUUGCUCACAACAGCAUUCCAAAUCCAGACAAAUAGCUCUCCUACAGCCAAGCUAACAAUGGAAUCUGUGGAAUCUGUUAACAAACUUGUAUCAAGCACAUUGAGAAAUAUUAAGACAAGCUUGCAAUGUGAAGAUGCAUAAUCACCACAGCUUUAUAAAGUAGGUAGACACUAAUUAAUUGUAAAACUCAUAGGUUUUUCUAAUUUUUUAAGUCGACAUUUUAGUAUCUAGCCGACGAGCUGUAUCAUGCUAGCCUGUUUUUUAAUUUAUUAUUUGAUUAGAUAGGAGGGCUUGGUCUUCUAGCUGUUUUGUAAACACCAAUUCCGGAAGGGAUAGUUUGAGGGCGACGUGAUUCACAAUCUUUAUAGAAGUAGGAAAGAGAAAUAUUUUCAUGUA